CUUCUAUGUAUUCAAGAGAAGUUAUCCGCACUGCAUGGAUCAAGAUGGCUAGAAUUGCUUACAAGGACUUUUUGAGCGCGACAAAGAAGCUCGUCUUAAUUGAAAAGAAGACGCCAGCAUAUCUGAAGGAACAUGUUGAAACGGCUUGGAAAGCCUAUUGGGAUCUACCUGAAGUGAAGCGCAUAUCCGAGCAGGCGAGCAAGAACCGGCGCUCUGAACCUUGUGGUCCCGGUACAGGAAUCGCCAUACAUCAUGGCGGCUCACGUAGUGCCAUUGACCACGCCGAGCAUCUGGCUCGAGAAAAGAAUAUCCCGGUUGACUGUGCUGCGUAUGAUACAUUUCUACGCAUACACCGGAAGGGAGGAUUAUACACUGGCAUACGUUCCGAGGCACACGCGGUGGAGAUUGAGAGUCGCAUUCAAGAUAUUCAAGCCACUCAGGGUAGGGAUCCGACACCAGAAGAGGUACACGCCAUCUUUAAGGAGGUGGUGAAAAGGGACACGAAAGGCCGUGUGCUCGGGAUGGGAAUGAUGACACAGAUGGUGUCUAGUGGAUCUAGUACUCAGUCCACUAGCACGUCUCAGACUGCCCCUGCUGCUUCUCUUGAGGAGGUCAAGGCGCUAAGAGCUGAAAUGAAUGCUCAGGUUGCUAGAGGGAACAACCUCGAGGCACGUAUGCUGGAGCAAGAUGGCACCACUAAUGAUCUCAAGAGUAUGCUGGCGGAGUUGAUGGCAAAUAUGAAGAAGGGUCAUAAUCCUUGAUACUUUUUAUGAAGUUUGAAUUUAUGUUGUGUUGAGUUUGGAUUUAUGUAGUAACUAUGGAGUUCGAAUUUAUGAUACUUGAUAUUUAACUUAAUUUAGGUAUGUUGAAUUUGGAUGUUU